ACUUCUGACUAUCCCGUGGUCUUUUAAAGGAAAGACAUGGCAGAUGUUGGUUUAUGUCGUCUCCUCGACAUACUUCGUUCACUUUAUCCAACUGUCCAAACGAUAGAGGAGUAUGUCGACGGUGUCACUCUCAGUGAUGGCAGGAAGGUAACCUUGGUGGAAGAUUCUGAUACCAGUCGCUUCAAGGCACUGCUGAAAGGGCUAAUCGUGUGCGUUGAGAGACCGUUGAAAGAUGCUCCAAGUAGCAACCAGCUCAGCACGUUACCCGAGGUCCUCGCUUACGUCCUGAACACCAUGAUCAAGAACAAGACCAGGAAUGUCCUCAAGUUUGGUUACCUGUGGAGUGACAAAGACGGGGAUGCAGAUCCCUUCAAAUUCCACGGCGUGAUAACCAUGAGUCCCGCGUUUAUCCACAGCAGUGACCUCUGGAAGAAAAUUAACCAGCGACUGGGCACCGAUCUCACCCAACACCUGCUGCGAAACUGCUCCUUAUUUACCGCUGCGCCCCCCACCUGUCUUUUCCAGGUGUGUGGAGUGCCUGUGUAUGACUUGAUGUCGGCCAAAGCCUCAUCCAGGUUCCUCCUUAGUAAACCAACUUCUCAUCCUCCUCCAGCCAAUCCACUAAGGAAUAGGCAGGAGAGACGGUUAAGAAGGACCAUGGUACGUUCUCGAGAAGUUUCAAGAAAGAGGAAGAGGGACGAUGGAAAGGAAGGUUCUGGAGAUGACGAGGGAUUACCGGGGAAACGAAGGCGUUGCCCGGCAGUGGAGAGGACAUGUGAUUCUGCAGGGCCAAGUCACAAUACCGAUAUCAUCAAUAGUGAACAGACCUCCCAUCACAACAUCAACGCCUCUCAGGCUAUCAAUACAAACUCCUGUGUUUCCAGGCAGCCCACAGGGGCCACAGGAACAGCCCAGGCUGCGGCCACCUCUCACGGCUCUCUCAGCUGGAAGCCAGCAGACCAGCCGUCUCCCCGGCCGUCGCAGUGCUUCGUCCGCAUUCUCCGCGUUCUCUACGGCGGCGGCGGCCUCAGGGGCUUCCUGCUCAACAGGAAGUUGGCGACGUGCGGGGCCAACGGCCCCAGGGGCCUCCAGGGGCCCGACGUGGUGCGCCUGGUGUUCCUGCAGGGCGAGGCCUACCUGCGCGGCGAGGAGCCCCGUCCGAGGAAACUCCCCCGCCGCUUCUUCAACAUGGCGCCUCUCUUCAGCCGCCUGCUGCGCAACCACAGGAAGUGCCCCUACGUCCACUUCCUGCGCAAGAAGUGUUCGGUAGCCACCACCGCCGCCGGCACCGGGCCGGGGAACGACAUGGCGUCUCUCCUGACGGCCCACUGCCUACCCUACCGGGUCUACCUGUUUGUGCGCGAGUGUCUUCUCUACGUGGUGCCAGAGGAGCUGUGGGGGUCCGAGCAGAACCGCGCCCUGUUCCUGGCCCGGGUCAAGCAGCUGCUGAGGCUGGGCAAGUUUGAGAGCCUCUCCCUGGCGCAGGUCAUGUGGCGCGUGAAGGUCCGAGACUGCCACUGGCUGGGCCUCAAGGCCGGAGCCCGCGGUCCCAGUGAGCACCGGUACCGGGAGCGUCUCCUGGGCCAGUUCCUGUCCUGGCUGCUGGAGAGCUACGUGCUGGGUCUGGUCAAAGCCACGUUCUACGUCACAGAGAGCAUGGGCCGGAAGCAUGCCCUACGGUUCUACAGACGAGAAGUCUGGAACAAGCUUCGUAACCUGGCAUUCAGGGAGUACCAGUCCAAGGGCCAGUGGCAAACCCUUACGCCAAUGGAGGUGGCGUCCCUCCCCAAGACCACAGUGACCGCCCGACUUCGCUUCAUCCCCAAAACCCACGGCAUGCGGCCCAUCACACGAGUCGUGGGCACGGAUCCUGUAACCAAGCGCUUCCAGCGGAGUGUGAAGAACCUGCGUGAUGUGUUGGGCGUGUGUGUCAAGUCCUCGCCAACCCUGCUAGGCUCCGCAGUGUGGGGACGGCAGGACAUCCACAGGGUCCUAAAGACCACCGCUCAACAGCAGAAGACCAAACCCACACCACUGUACUUUGUCAAGGUGGACGUCAGUGGAGCGUACGACAGCCUGCCUCAUGACAAGCUUGUGCGUGUGGUCAGUGAGGUGCUUCUGCCUGUGCAGGACGUGGCCUUCUCUGCGCGCUAUUACGCCAAAGUCUGGAGCGAUCCCCUGCAGGGCCUGAGGAAACAGUUCUGCACAAGGGCGGAGGGCCAGGCCUGUAUCAAUAUGAAAGGUUUCGUGAUGCAGGAACAGGAGAACGGCAAACUCCACAACGCCAUUUUGGUGGAGAAUUAUAACUCGCCAGAUAUAAAGGGUGGAGACGUGCUUGACUUUUUCAAACAGAUGCUUACGAGUUGUGUUGUUCGGUUUGGAAAGCAAACGUUCCGGCAGGUUUGCGGCAUCCCUCAGGGGUCGGUUGUGUCCAGUAUGCUGUGUAAUCUGUGUUACGGGCACAUGGAGAAGUCCCUGCUCAACCACGUCACUGAGAGAGGAGGGUGCCUGAUGAGGCUGGUGGAUGACUCUCUCCUCAUCACCCCUAAACUCAACAGAGCCAUGUAUUUUCUCAAGACCCUGUUGGCGGGGGUACCCCAGUACGGCUGUGUGGUGAACCCCCAGAAGGUGGCGGUGAACUUCCCGCUGGAGGAGGGCGUGAGGUUCCCCGGGGUGCAGGUGCUGCCCCAGCACUGUCUCUUCCCCUGGUGCGGCCUGCUGCUGGACACACAGACCCUGGACGUCUCCAACGACUACUCGAGCUACGCUGGCCUAUUGCUGCGCUACAGCCUGACCCUAGGCUCCACCCACUCCCCCGCUCUGUUCAUGAGGAGGAAGUUGAUGACCAUCCUGCGGCUCAAGUGUGACGCCAUCUUGCUGGACCUCCGGACCAAUUCCCUGGAGACCGUCUAUAAAAACAUCUACAAGAUAGUGCUUCUCCAGGCUAUGAGAUUCCAUGUGUGUGUGCAGGGUUUGCCUAAAGGUCAGACUGUGGAGACCAGUCCAGCCUUCUUCCUGAGGAUGGUCUGGGCGAUGGCCAAAACCACAUACAACUGCAUCAAACAGAACAACCACGAUGGUGCCCUGGGUUCUGCUCAUGGUGGCUGUCUGAGGCCUAAGGCUGUGCAGCUGCUCUACUGCCUGGCGUUUGAGUGGGUCUUUGUCCGCUACCGCCACAUCUACCGUCGCCUUCUCCCCCACCUGCGUCAAAGAAAAUGGCGUCUGGAGAGGGCUCUGAAAGGAAUAAGGUUGGCGCGGGUCCGCCAAGCAGCCACCCCCAGAGUGCCACCUGAUUUCAAGGCCAUCAGAGCCUGACCUUUCACCUCUCACAGGUCAACAAAGAAGAACAAACUGAAACAGCCUGGGGACAGACAGACAUCAGAGCAGUUUGCCAAGGGAACUUGUAAGACAACAACUGUCUUGACUUUCAUUGUAUAUUUGGCCACUGCGUGAUGUGGUUCAAAACUGAUGUGAUUUGUUGGCCUUUUCAGCCAAAGCCUGAAUCUGUUCCCUUCAAGAAUGUCACUGGAUACAUGUUACUCAUGAGGAUGAAGGUUCAAUGUGAGUGUUGUUCAGACAUGCUGUUGGAGCCUGGUUGUAUUUUCCAUGUGGCUCUAGGCUAGAGCCUGGUUGUUUCCUUGUUAGGGGAUUGGUAAGGCAAUAAGCCUGGCCACCCUAAAACCAAUCAACUGAAUACCAGCGAGACUUGUGCCGAGGCCCAGAUGUUUACUCUUAAGAAGCGUGUGAGGAGGAAGCGUUUGUGUUUUCAUCUGCAAUAGAGACACGAUCUGCUACUCGUCAUGAGUUGGGACAUAUCAGAGGAAAGAUCAUUUACACAACCACACCUUUUUUUAUGUUGUUUCGGUUAUAACUUUAAUGGGAUAAAAAAAAAAAAAAACUCCUGACUAAAUACAUUUCACUUGCUUUAUGGUUCACGGAAAGGCCUCAUUGCAUUGAUAUAACACUGAAUGGCCGUAUCAGGAUUUCUCGUAAAAUUCAACCCAUUCAAAUAUAGAGUGAAAGGUCAACUGUCAAGAUCAAAAGCAUCUCUGCUUUCUCCUCCACUCCCUGUUUUUCCCCAUGUUUGUUUUGUGUUUUUAAGAGAGCUUAUCUCCAACGUGAAGUUACCACUUUCACUGUGGCUUAAGUUGUUUACCUGUCCAACAGAUGAACUGUCUCACUGCAUUAGCUCAAAAUGCGAAACUACCUUAGUUACUGUCAGUUACCAAACCUUGUCCCCACAGCAAGAGCAACAGCACAAUCAAAAAUGACAAGCAAGAGAUCUGUUGCAAUAUGUUUAUUAAUGUUUAUUCAAAGAUGGUUUCUGAUUUUCCAUGUUCUAUGCACUUUUAU